AUGGGAUGCACCCACCUCAGAAAAUUUCGAAACUCCAAUCCAGACAUUUUGAAUAGUUACUGUACGAUCUGCCAGACGGUCAUAUAUCCUUUCAGCAGUGAAUCUCGAUUGCAAUCAUACUUUUCCUCCUGCCUCACUUGUGGCCAGAAAGACACCGCACUUCUGUGCUGUCUUGAAUGCGUGUAUUUGGGUUGCUGGUCGCGGAACCAUUUCAGGGACCACCAAGCGGAACUUGGACACCAGUUCGGAGUUAUAUCGAAUCAUGGACAGAUCUUCUGCGCUGCCUGUAACGAUUUCGUCUACGAAGAGGAGUUUGAAAAACUCCGCAGUGCCAUCGAAAACCGACAUCGCUACAAUUUGGGACUAAGCCAUACGAUACAGUGGUUUCCGUCCAGCUACGAAGUCAAAGAAGUGAAGUCCAAGUCGCGAUCGGUGUUCCUGCUGAGGAGUGGCACGACGCUAGGUUUGCGUGGCUUGGUGAACCUCAGCAGCACGUGCUUCAUGAACUGCAUCGUGCAGGCGCUGACACACACGCCGCUGUUGCGCGACUACUUCCUGUCCGACCAGCACCGGCCGUGCCGACGCUCGAAGUGUCUGAUGUGUCAAAUGAACCGCUUGUUUCAGGAGUUCUACUGUGGUGCCAAAACACCGUACAUUCCGUUCCAGUUGCUUUAUUUGGUGUGGAAUCACGCGCCGAAUCUUGCCGGCUACAAACAGCAGGAUGCUCACGAAUUCUUCAUCGCCAUCCUGGACGUUAUGCAUCGGCACUCGAAAGUUGCGACCAAGCAGGACGCCUCUUGUUCGUGUAUCGUCGAUCAAAUCUUCGCCGGCGUUUUGCAGUCAGACCUGAAAUGCCGCGACUGCGGAGGCGUUUCCACCACCUUCGAACCGUAUUACGACAUCUCCUUGGACCUCGGCAGCGACUUUUUUGCUGACAAAACUUUGAAUGGCUCGAUGUUUCCUCUGCCGACUACGUUGCAGGAUUGUCUGCACAGGUUCACGUUUGCUGAAUACCUUGGCAGCAUGGCGAAAAUCAAGUGUACUCGGUGCGACCGGUACGAAGAAUCGACAAAGCAGCUGACUUUCAACAAGUUACCGAUCGUCGCUUGUUUUCACCUGAAGCGUUUCGAGCAUCACAACAAACUACACAAGAAAAUCUCCAGCGCCAUCACGUUUCCUCAGUUCUUGGACAUGACACCGUUUACCUCUCAUUUUCGUAACAGAACUCGACCGUCUACUUGCAUCACAUCUACGUCCGAAAUUUUGAACACGUUGAAGAACAAGUAUGCCUUAUAUGCGGUUGUCAAUCAUCAUGGGACAAUCGAAAGCGGUCACUACACAUGUUUCAUCCGACAGCUGAAUGACCAGUGGUUCAGGUGCGAUGAUCACGUCAUCACUCGGGCGUCUAUUGACGAGGUGCUGAACAGCGAGGGUUACAUGCUGUUCUAUCACAAGCAAUUCUUGGACUACGACUGA